AUGGUUCUUAUAAAUGUCUUUUUUUUUUUUUUUUUUUCUCAGCCGACCAAGAAGACUAAGACCAGGAAGCUGCGAGGACAUGUGAGCCACGGCCACGGGCGCGUCGGCAAGCACCGCAAGCAUCCUGGAGGUCGAGGAAACGCUGGUGGCAUGCAUCACCACAGAAUCAACUUCGACAAAUAUCACCCCGGGUACUUUGGGAAGGUGGGCAUGAGGCACUACCACUUGAAGAGGAACACAACCCACUGUCCAACCAUAAACCUGGACAAACUGUGGACUCUGGUGAGCGAACAGACCCGAGACAACUACAGCCAGAAACCUGAGGGCCCAGCACCCAUCAUUGAUGCAGUCAGAGCUGGUUAUUACAAAGUCUUGGGAAAAGGCAAACUGCCCAAACAGCCUGUGAUCGUCAAAGCGAAGUUCUUCAGUCGCAGAGCCGAGGAGAAGAUCAAGGCCGUAGGGGGCGCCUGUGUCCUCAUGGCAUAAACAUUUUGGAAAUAAAAAUAUAAAAG